AAAACAAACCAAAAAACAAAACAGAAGACAUAUAUGAACAGUAGAGCACAAACAAUAAACCAGGACUGCAGUAAACGUUGUAAUUUUUGUCCUGUUUCAGAGCAAAAAACGCGUUCUAAUUCCCUGCUCUUGAUUGUUUGCGCCCAAGUUUUUUUGCAUCUUCUGUUCUUUGUUGGAAUUGGAACAAGUUAUAUUAAUCUCAUGGGGGCUAUGGGGAUGAUGGAUUGGUCUGCAGCUUCUGCUUCAAAUGCUUAUUUUGAUACCCUCAAACUGUGUAAUGACCAAAGGAAACAAAGUGACUCAUGGAAAACACAAGAGCCAGGGAGCAAUGAGUUUGUAUCGGCCUUGGCAGCUGGCAUGAAAGCCAAGCUCAUAGUGGAGGUGGCCUCAAGUGUUUCCCCAUCAACAAUAGCCUUAGCAGCUGCUGCAAAACACACAGGGGGCAGAUUGGUCUGCAUUGUCCCAGAGCCAGUUCUCGACGAAUCGAAAAAAGUAAUCAAAGACUCAGGCCUAAAAGACUUGGUUGAAUUCAGGACCGGAGACCCCUCUGAGCUAUUGUCAAAUUAUGAGAACAUUGAUUUCUCUCUGGUUGAUUGCAAGAACGAUGAGUACACAAGGCUGCUGCAGUUGCUUGAUGUGAAUCCUAGAAAAUCAGUGGUUGUGGCUAACAACUUGGUUGGUGAAAGAAAAGGGCUGGGAGGACAUAUGGAAGUGAAGGAGGAAAGGGUUGUGGUAAGGUCCACGAAGCAUCCGAUAGGGAAAGGGAUGGAGGUCACCAUGAUUGGGAAGAACAAAGAGAUUGGAAAGGGAGAUUGGGGUGGAGGAAGGAAGAAGAGAAGUGGUAAGAGCAAAUGGGUUGUCAAGGUUGAUGAGAAGAGUGGUGAGGAGCAUAUCUUUAGGGUUACUGGCUAAAUCACUUUUCAUGUCCAUUCUUUUGGUGUCAACAUGCAAAGGGAAAAAGAUGAUCAGGAUCUCUUCUAUCUGUGAACCCUCCAAACAAGUCUCUGCAGUGAUCAGAUCAGUGGUCUCAAGGUUAAAAAUGUCAUUGCACACCAUCAUGAAUAAAAGGGCAGGUUGGGGAAUUUGCAUCCCUCACAGAUUUGUUGCCUCAAUCUGCACUUCAGGUUCUAGCAAGCAAUAAUGGUGUUGCAUCCAAAAUGUGGCCUGAACUUCAACCCUGACUGACUCUACUAUUUUUUGUAGUCUCUACUUCUAUGUAUUGCUUAAAAAGUCAUCAAUGGUCACUAUUGUUCAAGUGUUUUUUUUCAAAUUUUCCCUUGUGGUGAGGUUUCUGUCCGUUAGAUUUGGUUAAUGGCUAAGAUGCUUUUGAAAGCAAUAAACAAAUUAUAUAAGACCUUCAUUAUGG